UUUAGACUUUAAACUUUCCCAGUUUAACACAAACUACCGAGUGCCUCACACGGUGUCGGCGCAGGGCGGGCAGCACCUCGUGGCCUGAGGUGCGGUACUGUGCAGCUGGAUGUGUGGAAGAAGCUGACCUCGCUCCCUGUGCCAGUGUUCUGGCACUGUAAGGAAAUUGUCGGCCUCGCUGCUGCUGCAGUGCUCUGGCUCUCUGGAUGCCCCAGCACAUUCCCAAGUGGCAUCGCCACUGCUAAAAUCCCUCUGAAGAGUCAGUGAGAAAUCCUGAAAAGCUAGUGUCAUUAUGGCAAGUUGGAAGUGAUGGACAAAUGAGUGAAGAAUCCAAUGAAACAUGAUGUACACCACUUGCAAAUGAGAAGGAGAAAAGAAGUUCGACAUGAGUCUACUACGAACCAGUGAAGACAUGAAGGGACAGAACAUACCAACUCUUACCAUGUAUUUAUUUUACAUCAGUGCUACACUUUGGGGUUUUACAGAACAGGAAGAAGUUACAGGGCUAUUUUCUGAGGAUUGCAUCCUUCCUUGUUCUUUCCCACCGGGGCAUGAUGUUGUAAUUCACUGGUGUAAAGGGGGAAAAAAUGUGCACUCCUACUACCACCAGAAGGAUCAGCCGGAAAAUAGCCCAGAAUACAUUAACAGAACACAGCUUUUCCAUGAGAACAUCACUAGUGGAAACGCCUCCUUGAAAAUUUGUAACCUGACCGUGACUGAUGAGGGCACUUAUGAAUGUUAUGUGGGAACAAUUGAAACUCGUACAAACCGGAACGUCACACUACGUGUAAAAGUUUCCUCUUAUUAUGCACUGGAAUACCAAAAGACAGACACAGAAAGGAAACUGAAGUGUUAUGCCUUUCUCACUUAUCCAGCACCAAAUAUAUCUUGGGUACAAGGCAAGGUAUCCAUCCAAGAAACAGAUCGUGAGGAAACCAGGGAUGGAGUUCUCUAUUCUCUUAGAAGUGACCAGAACAUUAUAAACACAAGAGCAGAUCCUUACUACUGUCAUAUUCAUGCCCAUCGUUUAAACUGGACUGCUGAAUGGAAGAUGCAAGACCAACUGUCUCAUACAGAAGGAAGUGACACCGUAAUUCCUUGUGGAUACAGCAGUAACACUGCAAACAUCGAAGGUGUCUAUGUUGUUUGGAAAUUAAACAGAAAUUCAACGACUUCAGUCCUGGCCUCCUUCAAUGGUACAUCCCACUAUUACCAGCCUCGAGCUCAGAUAAACAGAAACGACUUUUCACUGAUCCUGCGCCAUCUUACUGCAGCUGACAGUGGAGAAUAUCUGUGUAAUAUUUCAACACCUCACUACACAAAAGUUAUUGUGACAACUUUGCAAGUUGAAAUGCAAAACAGAAGGACGGGUAUCCUGUGAGCACCAUAAUGUACCAGAAGAAAAUGCUUCUCUGCGCACAGGUGCAAUUGAAAUGGUUGGUUAACGGAGUUCCUUCACCUUCCCCUUUCAGUUACAGCAAGAGAGCCACAUGGAAAUGUGAUUCUCUGAGCAACAGUAGCAAACAAAGGAAGUGAUAGGAAGGAAAAGAAAGUCAAUUGACACUUGUAUUAGAGAAGCUGGCAUGAAAGGUUGGAACUUGGAUUUCCCAAAGGAACAAAGAAUUUUCCACAGAAGAAGAAAUCUCUAAGUUUUGAGGGAUUUUUUUUUCAGUGUUAGGGAAAGAGAAGGCUUACUGUUUUUCAUUUCAUUUAGUAUUUGUCCUGGCUUACACAAGGACUCUGGUAUCCACCUUCUCUCUUUUCCCCAAAUAUGCCUACUAAUUUAGACUAUGGGGAGGGACUUAAGAUAAGGGGGUACUCUAUUAUCCUAGGAGAAGAAUGUAUCCACAAUUGUGAAAAGACUGGAAUGCUGAUGACUCAGACAAUCCAGGUGUGCACACCUGCCACCUCAGGCUACAGGGCUGGAUGUUUCUUUGUCCUCACACAAAGGACUCAUCUGUGAUAAAAGCAUCAGGACAAAUCACGAACAUGGCCUGAAGAUAUUCAUCUCUGCUGAUGGCCAUAAUGGAUCCACCUGUGCUGACAUAACAGGCAACCUUAACAUCUUAAAAGAUGUCAAAGGUUCUCCUGCAAACCCACCAAGGCAAGUGCUGUGUGCUGACAGUGGUGGAGAGAACCACUGGAUGGCUGGAGAUGCAUCUGCGCCUCACUCCGCUGCCCAGAACACUUUCUUGGGCCUUGAAAGUCAAGUUGUGUGGGGACAUGGCACCCCAGAAACAACAGCUACUUUAGCAAUCUGCAUAUGACAUACGUGAGGCUGUGAAGCAUUACUGGAUUUGCCCUUGGUUUUGAUUUUGUCAGAUUUUGAUUUUGAUUUUGAUUUUUUGCCAAUUAGGAUUUGUUCCAGCAUAAUGAAGUGGGCUGCUGGCAAGAUGUAAUCUUUUAUUGAUCCCUGAGGCUUGGCAAAAUAGAAACACAAAUAAAUGAAUGAAAUA